CAUGAGUUCUUGUUUGGUGCCCUUGCUGAACUUGUAGAUAAUGCCAGAGAUGCAGAUGCUACAAGAAUAGAUAUUUACACUGAACAACGGGAAGACCUACGAGGUGGAUUCAUGCUCUGUUUUUUGGAUGAUGGAACAGGAAUGGAUUCAAAUGAAGCUGCCAGUGUUAUUCAGUUUGGUAAAUCAGCCAAGCGAUCGCCUGAGUCAACUCAAAUUGGGCAGUAUGGGAAUGGUUUGAAAUCGGGUUCCAUGCGGAUUGGGAAGGAUUUCAUCAUGUUCACGAGGAAGGACAACACCAUGACUUGCCUCUUCUUGUCAAGGACAUUCCAUGAGGAAGAAGGCAUCGAUGAGGUAGUUGUUCCCCUGCCCACCUGGAAUGCAUGCAGCCGGGAGCCUCUGACUGACAACACAGAGAAGUUUGCUAUUGAGACGGAGAUAAUUUACAAGUAUUCCCCUUUCAAAUCAGAACAGGAAGUGAUGGAGCAGUUUAGUAAGAUCCGUGGUAAGAAAGGCACCCUGGUGAUCAUCUUUAACCUCAAACUAAUGGAUAAUGGAGAACCAGAGCUGGAUGUGACUUCUGACCCCCGAGACAUUCAGAUGGCAGAAACAUCCCCAGAGGGAACAAAGCCUGAGCGUCGCUCCUUCCGUGCCUAUGCUGCUGUGCUUUAUAUUGAUCCCAGAAUGAGAAUCUUCAUAAACGGACACAAAGUACAAACCAAGCGACUUUCCUGCUGCCUGUACAAGCCAAGGAUGUACAAAUAUACUUCAAACCGUUUCAAGACCCGUGCAGAACAAGAGGUGAAGAAAGCAGAGCACAUGGCCAGGAUAGCAGAGGAGAAGGCUCGUGAGGCAGAGAGUAAAGCCCGUGCCCUUGAGCUACGCCUGGGAGGGGAUCUCACACGGGAGUCCAGGGUGAUGCUACGUCAGGUCCAAAACUCUGCAAUAACGAUGCGCCGGGAGGCUGAUGUCAAAAAAAGGAUCAAGGAUGCAAAGCAGAGAGCACUGAAGGAGCCCAAAGAAUUGAAUUUUAUCUUUGGUGUAAACAUUGAGCAGCGUGAAUUGGAUGGCAUGUUCAUUUAUAACUGCAGUAGACUGAUCAAGAUGUAUGAGAAGGUGGGCCCACAGCUGGAAGGUGGCAUGGCAUGUGGUGGAGUGGUAGGCGUUGUGGAUGUGCCCUAUUUGGUUCUGGAGCCAACCCAUAAUAAACAAGACUUCGCUGAUGCCAAAGAGUAUCGACACUUGCUGAAGGCCAUGGGAGAGCAUUUGGCUCAGUAUUGGAAGGAUGUUGCUAUAGCCCAGAGAGGUAUCAUCAAGUUCUGGGAUGAAUUUGGGUAUUUGUCAGCAAACUGGAACCAGCCUCCAUCUAGUGAACUGCGCUACAAACGCCGGAGAGCCAUGGAGAUCCCUACCACAAUUCAGUGCGAUGUAUGUUUGAAAUGGAGGACUCUCCCAUUCCAGCUGAGUUCAGUGGAGAAGAAUUACCCUGAUAGCUGGGUGUGCUCUAUGAACCCUGAUCCUGAACAAGACAGAUGUGAAGCACCAGAGCAGAAGCAGAAGGUGCCACUGGGAACUCUGAAGAAAGACUUGAAAACACAGGAGGAAAAGCAGAAACAACUGACAGAGAAAAUUCGCCAGCAGCAGGAAAAGCUGGAAUCUCUACAGAAAACCACUCCAGUCCGAUGUCAAGCUGACUUGAAGAAGCUGCCUCUGGAAGUGACCACACGGCCUGCAAGGGAGUCACAGACCCGACCUCAGCGCCCGCGAUCUCCACCUUUACCUGAUGUAAUCAAGAAUGCUCCCAGCAGACCACCAGCACCUACACCUCUUCCCAAGUCCAUCAGUCAGCUGAAGAAGAGCUCUUCAGCUUGGCCGGAUAUCAGCACUCCCAAACUGGCAAUCGCGCUCUCCAAAGAGGAGGCCAGCACUUCCAGGACAUACCAGCACAAAGUGACAGAUGGGAAGUUUAAUAGCACUUUAAAAACUCUUGCCAAACCAGCUACAACAAUGAAACCACCCUGUACUGUCCUGCAGAACCCCAAACGUUCACGUGAGACACCCAGUUCAAAAGCUCCCAAAGUGCCAGCACUAAAGAAAACUGCAAUUGUCAAAUGCCCACAGGCCUCUACCACCAGGAAGAGGACCUUGAACAACACUACAGAGGAUGGGUCUGAGGAAGAGGGGGAACACAAAAAGAAGAUAAAACGAGGCAAAUUUGUGGCAGUGGAAGAGGAGAAAAAGGAUUCUGGUGAGCUCACUGACAGUGCUGGGGAAGAAGAGCUGGCAGAACUGAAGAAAGCUCAGAAAGAUAAAGGGCUGCAUGUGGAAGUGCGUGUGAACAAGGAGUGGUUCACAGGCCGUGUCACAGCUGUGGAGACGGGCAAGCGUGCGGUACGCUGGAAAGUGAAGUUUGACUAUGUUCCUACAGACACGACACCAAGGGAUCGCUGGGUAGAGAAGGGCAGCGAAGAUGUGAGGUUGAUGAAGCCUCCCUCCCCUGAGUACCAAGCUCCAGAUACACAGCAGGAAGAGGAAGUUGUUGUGGCUGAACCUUCUACCUCAGACUGUGUCAGAAUUGAACCCGACACCACAGGUCCCAGCAGCAGCCAAGAAACAGUAGACUUAUUAGUUCAGAUCCUUCGAAAUUGUUUGCGGUACUUCUUACCUCCGAAUUUUCCUAUCUCCAAGAAGGAGCUGAGUUCCAUGAGCUCAGAAGGAUUGUUGGCAUUUCCCUUGAAAGAAUAUUUCAAACAGUAUGAGGUAGGCCUGCAGAACCUGUGCAAGUCAUACCAGACACGUGCUGAUGCCCGGGCCAAAGCCUGUGAAGAAAACCUCCGUGACUCAGAGAGAAAGCUGAAGGAAACAGAGGAGAAGCUGCAGAAGCUGAGGACUAACAUAGUGGCCCUUCUGCAGAAAGUGCAAGAGGAUAUUGAUAUUAAUACAGAUGAUGAACUGGAUGCAUAUAUCGAGGACCUGAUCACGAAAGGAGAUUGAGCAGCCCUAGCAAAGUCCUACAGAAGUACAGAGGAGCUGGUUGCUGUGCUGGGUGAUGUGGAUUCCUGCCGUGGAGGACUGUGACAGCUGAUGAAGAGAGAAGGUUUUUGGACAGUACUUCAGUUGU